AUGACAGUCACGGAUAGGUCUACAGCUACAAAGCCUCCCACAGUUGUUCUCGACACUACCAUCGCAGACCUCUACCGUCAAGGGGGAGCAGCCUACAAAGAUAAACGAAUCGGCCAAGUCCUCAGCGGUUUCAGCGCUCUCGUACCACUGAGUGACAAGAUCUCUUGCAACCGCAAAUACAUCUACCAGGAUAGCCCCUUUACGAGCAACAGCUGCGAACCACGCACCAAGAGCGAAGAUACGACAACAGCUAUAAAGUACCUCUCUCUCAUUAACCAACGUGAUGAAUUUAUCUGCGGUAAUGCGCCGGUCGUAUUCUUUCACAUGGACACUUCGUCACGGAAGAGAGACCAUGAUCGGAAACAGGUCAUGAAGACCCUAGCUACGUUGGUAAAUCACCAACGUCCGCAGCCUAUCUUCUGUGAGGGACCUGAUUCCAUUCCUACAAAGGAAUCACAGAUCGAUCUUCUUGCCGUCAAAGUCAUCGGCGACGAUUUGGAAAAUGGCCUCGGUGACUUUGUCAUUCCUGAUGAGUGCGCGGGUGCCAGAGGCACUUGGCUCAAAGAGCAGAGUCUGCGACUAUACGAAGCUCUAAAGUCUCAACUCCUGCCAUUCGUUCUGAAAAACCAAGCUACUUUUGGCGGUGCGGGAACCUUCAUCGUAAAAACGGAACAGGAGCGACAGAACAUAAUCGACGACGAUAUGAGAAACGGGUUUCUGAAUCGUCUCCUAUCAGCUGUGAAUGCGCGCAACUCGCACCUUGAGCCUGCGACGAUGUUGCUAUCAGAUUUGGUGCAAGAUCCUAUCGGUGAUUAUGGAGUUACCUUCUUCGUCAAUGAAAAGGGGAGUAAGCCGACGUUCUUGGGUGUUUCGAAACAGAUGAUAGAAGGCGGUACAGCAUGGGUCGGAAGUAUCAUCGAUUACCAGCAACAAACCAAACUUCACCACAAGUUCGAGGCAUUGAUGGACCGGAUAUCAGACUGGCUUCAGUCAUAUGGCUAUAUCGGUCCUGCAGGCGCAGACAUCCUCGAAGAUGCCAAAGGGUUCCAUGUGGUUGAUCUCAACGUGCGUACAACAGGGUCAUGCUGUCUACCAUUACUUCAAACGCACUUUACAAGUAGAGGACUUCAUCUGGCUUCUGCGUUUUCUAUCAAUGUGCAGCAGGGGCGCAAUGAGUUUCUGGACAUGUUCAGAACUGAGAUUUAUGAGGGACGAAUGUGUAUCAUGAGUUGGUAUGAGGAUCCAGAGACGAGGAGUAGCCUGGCGGAAUUCGUUAUCGGAGGAGAGAACGACAAAAGUUUAAAGGAGCUCAUGGGUCGCGUUAGCGAGAACUCGAAGAGUGUGACGUUUUGA